AUGAUUUAUGUCAAAAAAUUACUAAAUUCUUUAGUUUGAUUUUUUAAAUAAAUAAACAAUUUUAAAACGAUAAAGCAAGAAAUUGCAGUGAAUGAAUGAAAAAUUGAUAGAAAAUUACAACAAAUUGCCUAUUUAAUUAUAACUAUAAACUAUUGAAGUAAAAAAGUGAAAUUAUUCAUACAGGAAUCAACAAUCUUGACGUAUGUCUAAGUCAUUAUUAGAAGAUCGAUGUUCAUAAGCAUACACGGAUCUGUAUUUAGAACUUGGAAGCGCUUUGCAACAAUCGUCACGAAUUUUUGUUAUAGUACAUUGAAUACAAAUCCUGCCAUUGAGAUGCCACGUUCAAGAAGACGUCAUAGAGAGUCUAGGUCACAGUCUAGGUCAUCAAUGUACAGAUUGGAGAAACGACGAAGAGUUGAAACUGAAGACAGUCUAAGAAAAUCUGCAGGAAGUUUCGAAAUAUCAACCCGACGAAAACAAUCAGAUCGUACGAAACGCUCACAUCACCGUAGGAGUCCAACAUCUACGCGACAUGGCUAUCGGCAACGUCACAGGGAAAAUAGAGAAGAAAGGACACACAGUACUACACGACGGAAAUAUCGUGACCGUACAAUUAAGGACAGGAGUCCUGUAAAGGUAAAAACAAACCAACUUAUAUAAUUUUAUUUAUGUAGU